CUUCAUCCUUGCUAAAUCUGCGGUCUUAUUGGAUUCAGUUUCAAGUAAUGGACUUGGACUUUCGUGGUAUUCGCAUCUAUUGCAUUAUUGGGUUUGUAUUGAUUUUCACUCUCUCUCUCUGUGCCCUGUUACUCUUAACUCUGCGUUUUGAUUGGGUUGGAUUUUUGAUGCUUCAUGGAAAGAAGAAGAGUGUGAUCUUACACUCGCCAAUUGAGGCUCACUGGAUUCAUGGAUUUCUUGUUUAAUGGAAAUCGUUAAAAGGAGGUUGAAGUUGAUGUUUCCUUCGAGCAGGAAUGUAGAAGCAAUUGGCUUGGCGGAAAUGGGGAGCGAAUGGAAUCAAAGGAGCAUCAAGCAUGGAAUGAAAGAAUUCAUACCUUAAGGAGUAACUUUGAGUGGAGUUCAGGGUUGAUGGUGAUGUGAAUGAAGAAAUGGUGAAUACAUUGGAUGAAAAUAGGGGAGAGGAUGGAAUUGAAUUGGUUGAUAAUACAAUUGAAGCUUCUUUGCAUCAGAAUCAUGAGGAGAAGAUUGAGCAAGAUUUUUCUGAAGAUAGUAUCCCUGAUGCCAUUCCAGCCGUAUCAGUGGCUCCAGCCGAUGAGCCCUAUGUGGGGCAAGAGUUUGAAUCUGAAGCAGCGGCUCAUGCAUUUUAUAAUGCAUAUGCCACUGGAGUGGGAUUUGUCAUCCGUGUUAGCAAACUAUCUCGAUCAAGGCGUGAUGGAUCUGCAAUUGGUCGGGCACUUGUGUGUAACAAAGAGGGACAUAGAAUGCCUGACAAGCGUGAAAAAAUUGUAAGGCAGAGGGCUGAAACCAGAGUGGGUUGCAGGGCUAUGCUUUUGGUCAGAAAAAUGAGUUCUGGUAAAUGGGUUGUGACCAAGUUUGUGAAGGAGCAUAAUCAUCCCUUGACACCUGGUAAAGGUCGAAGGGAUUGCAUUUAUAGCCAGUAUCCGAACGAACAUGAUAAGAUUCGGGAACUAACCCAGCAGCUGGCCGUAGAGAAGAAAAGAGCUGCAACUUAUAAAAGGCAUCUGGAGAUGAUUUUUGAACAAAUUGAAGAGCACAAUGAAAGUCUGUCAAAGAAGAUCCAGCAUAUAGUACAUGCUGUGAGAGAGGUAGAAAGUAAAGAGCAGCAAAGCAGUCUAUAGUCUUAGCAAAAUAUAAUUAGCUCUAUUAUUUGAUCGGAUACGAAUUCAAUAACAGCAUAGAGAAUGCCAUUGUAUAGAAUGUAUUUAUAUCGGCUCGGAUACUCCAUGUUGAGUCUGUCCAGUUCUUCUGGUAUUGAGUCGAUUUUGUGUUGUACCCGGUCAGAAGUGUCCGGAUCGGUGGCAUUCAUUCAAGUAUUCUGUAUACAUAUGCUCCUGCUCUGAUUGCAGCAUCUGGGUAGUAGGAGAAAUACUGAAAUAGUGAGUCAAUGUAUAUAGUUCUUAAUUUUUUAAUCACUCAGGCUAUACUUGGAUGGGGAGUUGGAAAGGGUUUAGAGAAUAGUGUUGGGAUGAGUUGGGUUGAGAGGGGUUCCGGAGAGUUGGGUUAAUGGAUUUGAACUCUUGUAAUCUUGUUAAGAUGAGGAGCCCCUCCUAAGUCCGAACUCAUAAUUAUGGGGUGUUCAGUUU